AUGUUCAUGUUACAGUUCGCUCAUAUAUUUGGAGAAGAGACGUUGCUAUCUACGACGGAUUUUAAUGUACUACUUACGUUUCUUUCAAGGGAUAGGAAUAUCAUACUAUACGACGGAAAGACAGUGAAAUUUAGGGAUGCAAGUGAUACCACGGAUCGCAUCACUGAGGAAGAUGCAUCAAUUGCCUCCCUCAAGGCAACAAUUGCACGACUAACGUUGCAGGUGUCCACCUUGAGUGAGAAAAUAAAAGAGCUCACUGGCAAUGCGCAGAAUGCGCUCGCAAACAAAAAUAGGAUCCUGGCCCUAUCCUCACUUCGGCUCAGGAAGCUCGCAGAGCGCAACCUUCAACAGCGCACCGAUACCCUAUGGCAGCUUGAAGAGGUAUACUCUAAAGUGGAGCAGGCUGCUAGCCAAGUAGAUAUAGUGCGGGUUAUGCAAGCAAGCACUGGAGUUCUCCGGCAGCUUAACUCCCAACUUGGAGGUGUGGACAAGGUUGAGGAUAUUGUUGAAGAACUAAGAAAGGAAAUGGAUAAUGUGGAUGAACUCGGAGGCGUUAUAAACGAGGCUGGACCGGUCAUCGAUGAGACUAAAUUAGACGAUGAACUGAAGGAGCUGGAGGACCAGGAGCGUGAAGCAAGAGAGGAGAAGGAUGCAGAAGAAACUCGGAAACGUCUAGCGGAGCUAGAAAAGAACCAAGGGGUAAUAAAAACUCCAGCCGCUCGCGCCACUGAUAAUGAUCUAGAAGAGAGCAUUGACAAAUUGUCGCAGAUGGCAAUUGGCGACAACCCAACAGCAAGAGCGAAACAGAGCACCAAAGCUCUAGCAGAAACGAUAGAGUAG